GAAGGAAUUAAAAUGUUCCCUAUAAAGGAAGAAAUUAGGAAAUCCCUUGCUUCUAUUCCACCGAUCCAACACAAUAGUGCCCUGCUGAAUCCGUUUCUCAAACUCCAAGCACUGCUGGCGUUGGACGCCGGAGAUGAACGAGCGGCCGUAUUUUAUUCGAUGCAAUCGCUAGGAGCCUCCAAGAGGCAGCAAUAUUCUGCCACUUUUCGAGAGUGCAAAGACCUUGAUGUCCUGAUCGAGAACAUAACUACGAGGCUGGCAUCAGAUACGGAACAGCCACCUUUGCCGGUGAGCGAUGGAUACGAUAGCUUGUGUAAACUGUGCCGUGAGUUACCGGAGCAAUGGACAGUCCUGCAGAUCAGCAAAGCCUUUAAUCCACGUACGAGAUUCCUGACUUAUGAGGAAAAUAUGACAGAACCUGCUUUGAUUAUGUUAACCUUAUACCGGUGUAGCGAUCCCCUUGGAGAGGACCGAUCGGAACCACUGCUCAUCUGCUUGGAACCAGCGGUCGCCGAUCCAAAGCAGAAGUACGAAAACUUCUUCGAGCACAUAUCCGCGAUACCCCGCGAAGUACGAACUUCGUGUGAACCAGGGGCCUCUGCAGCCGGUGAAAGUCAAUCCACUCGGAACGAAGCCAUCGAACAGCUGCUAAGCGCAGCGAUCGAGCGCGCCAAGCGAUGGCUCGGUCCAUGGGCUAAUCUGUUUUGUGGAAAGUUUCGAUCACAGAAUGAUCAAUCGCUCGAAGCGGAAAUAUAUAAUCGCAUAGAAGACUACUGCAUUCAGCGGAAGCUUACAAAGAAAGCGCAACGAUUGAUAUCACUGGUCGCUCGCAGACUGGAUCUGCUCAGUGGUGAAGACAUCUAUAGGUUGUGCUGUAGCGAUGAAUUGGAUUUGGACGAACUGCAGGUUGAAUCGUUAUACGAUUAUCUUACUGAUAUGCAGGAACAUAAGUUUAAGAUCGAUCAGACUAGCCCAAGAGAAAGCUUCCCUGUGGUGCUCAUAGUGGACGAGUGGUUGGAUAUCUUUCCCUGGGAAAUGCUACACCCUACUCAAGAAAGUUGUCGCUUCGGAUCGUUUUCCCAAAUGAUCGAUCUCUUUGACGCACACAAGGAUCGCAUUCGAAAUGGGUAUCUAUGGUUACCGACUGAAAAGUGCUCUUCAAUCAUCAAUCCAGAUAAAAAUCUGGCAAAGAUGAGCACUCGAUUGCAGCUGUUUUACAAGGAAUGGUACCCGGAAUCGUUUGAGCUGCUUAUCGACGAGCCUCCUAGUGGGACUGAACUUGGCGAAAUGCUCAACACCUCGGAUGUUGUCAUCUAUAACGGGCACGGCAGUGGAAUGCAGUUUUUGCACGGCGAAACUCUGAUGCAGCGCAAUAUUAACUGCGUCACCUUUCUGUUUGGUUGUGACUCGGUACGACUGUAUUCGAACGGACUGUUUACCGAGAUGUGCGGAAGCCACCUGUACUAUAACGCGGCUCACUGCCCGGCCGUAAUCGGAGCGCUCUGGGUGCUAACUGAUCUGUACACCGACAUUUACUCGAUGCUGUUGGUCGGAAACUGGAUGCCUUCCACGAAUCCCCAGUAUAAGAAGCUAAACAUUUCCGCUAUUGAUACAUUGGCAUUAAAGGCCGGCCAGUGGCAAUUGAACAAGGUAUCCGCGAAAAAGUACUUCAUCAGGCAGCAUCGCAAUCUGCUGAAGGUGAUGAGCGAAUGUAGACAGUUUACUCAUCUCCCCCAACGCAUACGAUGUGCAUUCGUUUGUCGUGGGCUUCCAGUGAUGAAUGAAACAUUUAGCAAAUAGAAAAUAGAGUUAUUGCCAUUUUGUCAUAAAAAAUAUAAUCAUUGCCAGGCAUCACAUAAAAGGAGGAUUUUCCUAAAUCACGUGUAGCAAGCGUCAAGGUGUAUCACGUACGAAGCAAAUCA